AUAGUGGAAGUUACGGGUGAGGCGAUGGAUGCGAAGUUUGGCUUGGGAACUCUGGAUAAUGAGGGCUGGAAGAAGGGGCCGUGGACUGCACAAGAGGAUAAGCUCCUCAUGGAGCAUGUCAACCUCCAUGGUGAAGGAAAAUGGAACUCGGUCUCCAAGUUGACAGGUCUGAGGAGGAGUGGGAAGAGUUGUAGGCUGAGGUGGGUGAACUACCUGAGGCCUGACCUCAAGAGGGGGAAUAUUACUACACAAGAGGAGAACAUCAUUCAAGAGCUGCAUGCCUUGUGGGGAAACAGGUGGUCCACCAUCGCCCGAAGCCUCCCAGGGAGGACCGACAACGAGAUCAAGAACUACUGGAGGACCCAUUUCAAGAAGAGCAAGCCGUCAAAGAACGUGGAGAAGGCGAGAGCGAGAUUCCUCAUCAGGCAGCGGCUGGAGGACCAACAGCACCAGGACGCCGAGCAGCAACAAGCGGACGUGAGAGCGUUCAUGGAGCAAGCGGAGGAAGCCACACCGGUGGAAGACAUGGAGGAGAUGACCUACUUGAACUCGGUGACCUUCAUGCUUCCGGGCGGCGGCUUCGACGGCUACCUGAGCGAUGGCUCCACCGAGGAGGGCUCGUGGGGAACCCUGUGGAAUCUCGCUGACGCACCUGAUGACACAUAGGGCGGUUCUCGUGGCACUUCUCGAUGUCAAGUACUCGAGUCCUUGCUGACAACAAUACAUAUUGGAGAGUAAUAAUAUAUGUUCCAUAAA